GACAUGGCUGUUUGCACGUUACGAACUUUGUUGUUGAUCGUUUGUGUUAUCGAGUUGAUUGUAACUAUUCAGCGCCAGGUGUUUGACUUCCUUGGGUACAUGUGGUUGCCUAUAAUAGCUAAUUUUGUCAACAUUUUGAUGAUCAUAUUUGGCUCUUUUGGAGCCGUGCAGUAUAUAACAAAAUAUCUAUUGGCUUAUGCUAUAUGGAGCUUCAUGUGGUUAACCUGGAAUGUCUUCUUAUUAUGCUAUUAUCUCAAUUUGGGGUCACUAAAUAGGGAGAGUGGACUCCUUUCUCUGGGUACAGGCAGUGUAAGUUGGUGGGAAGGCAAUGGUUGGGGCUGCCAGCCCGUGUGGAGUGAAAUAGAUGGACCAGGGGUAUGGCGACCUACACGCGUUGAUGGCUGCUUCCUCAGGUGGCAUCAUGUUGAGAUGGGACAAUCGGCCGUGGCUGCAAUCCUCACUGCGACAGCAUUGCCACUGGCUAUUUUAUUGGCAUAUCGUUCCUUUAAGAAGAUAAAGCCACCUUCAGACAAAAGCACUUUACCACGACGUCCAGUUUACACAAUAGAAUUGAGUCCAACGGAACCAAACGUGAGUGAAAGUUCCUUAAAGCCAAUGACGCCGCGGCGAGUGAAGCGUCGUUCUGGAUCGCGAGGCAAUGGAUCCUCUGUGCGGCGUUCACGCAGGUCGUAUCGUAAUGCAGGAUAUUUAGCUUCGACUUCCUCUCUUCCACGAGAACCGAGACCUUCUAGGCCUACGUCAGCACAUUCGUCAUAUUCAAACUUUCACGCAGCUCGACCCGCAUCUUAUCACGCUCCAGAAAGGGAAGCAGUUGCGCGUUCACAAGACGUGUAUGAUCCGCCGCCACCAACCGAAUCAGUUCCUAUAAUAACUAAUAGAUAUGAUACAGUAAGGCGACCGGUGAAAAAUUUGGGGUACGAUGUCGCCGGGCCUUAUAAAGCAGAGCCAAGGGCCUAUGAAACCGCAAGGAAUUAUGAUCCAAAUUCUCCGACAUAUGACAAUAUGACAAGAGGGUAUGACGGAACAUCGGCAAGUUACGAUGUUAGGACGCCUUGCGAGUCUCCGUCGUAUGGAGCUGGUUACGGGGCAGUAGCUGGCUAUGGAGUAGAGAGUGGGUGGGAAGCGCCACCACCUCCCGCACCGCCGUACAGCGCCUGUGCAUCCCCGCAGGCACCUGGCCCUCCCGCAUAUCAGCCCUCCAACGACGCUUACUAAUUAUAGUGCCUUAAAUUGCCUUUUUAUUAUCCAUGUGCCUUAUUCCAGUGAAUCUGAACUCAACACCUGUCUUAAAAUC